UUAUGAUUAGAUAAGCGCGGUUCAUAGCGCGGCCAAGAUGCAGACUUCAUAAGAGACCGGGAAUCUCGAGAAUUGUUCAGUUAAUACUCUGUCUGGAAACAGCCAAUUCUUAAGAGAAUUGCAUAAGAUGAACCUAUUCGUGCGGUUAAUAAAACAAAGUUCAUUUACAAUCAGUGCUGCUGUGUAACAAGCUUCGUACAGAAUCUUACAUUUAAAGUAAGUGAGAUUUCAAUGAAUAUUCACCAGAUCAAGCAUUCAACAACAACGUGUUUGUAAGUUUUCGAAAAAAGAAAAUAAGAAUAAGAAACUAUUAUUAUUUUUGUGGUAUAUUGAAAAUAUUUGACGAAGAUAUACGAGAAAGAAUUUAUGAAAGAUUCUAUAGAGUUUAGUAUAGGAGAAACCAUAGCAACAAUAAAAAAAUGGUGUAAGUUUCAACGUUACUUUUCUGAUAUUUAACUCAAAUCAGACCUCUGAUGUGAUUUCGAACGGAACUCGGAGGCUUGCUAUCGGGCCUAAAAUAUAUAACAGAAAUAAAUAAAUAAAAUAUAUAACAUAUUAGGAAAAGGGAAGAAAGUGAUAGCGACCAUGCCUGAAUGUUCAAAUGAGAAUUGGUCGAAGUAUUGGUCUUCGAAUUCGCAGAUUUCGAGAAGCAAUAGUGCAUCACCAUUAUUGCCCAGUACACCGUUAUCAACAUCACCACCUUUAUCCUCACCGAUUUCCACCUUGAAGCGUUCAACGUCAAACGUGUCGAACGUUUCGAACUCAUCGACUUUGUCUCAAGGGUCUAGUAGUUCAGGAACGGCGAUACUUUCUUCGAGAAAUCAUCACUUUCAUCAUUAUCAUCAUUAUCAUCAUCAUCAGCAGCAGCAACAUCAACAAGUGAAUAACAAUAAUUCAAACAGCAAGCCUUUUUUUCUCAUAAGGAUUUUUUAUUGGUAUUUGGGAUUGCUACCAAAUUUUUUGAAGUAUAUAUACAACAUUAUCAUUUAUGCAUUUUGGACACCAAUUAUUUGGAUAUCCACUGGAGUUUACUUGUUUUGGAUAAUCAUUCAGCUUCCACUUAUAAGCUUAAAAUGGUUCAUAACCAUCCUAAAUACUAAAACUUCGGAAAGAGCACGAAACAAGAGAUGCGUUCUGAUUAGUGGCGGUAGCACAGUACAAUCCGUACAUCUGGCACGUAAUUUUUACAAAGCUGGUGCUAGAGUAGUCGUGUGUGAAUUGGAAGGACUCUUUGGGUUAACUAGAUUUUCAACAGCAUGUUCGAAAUUUUAUACCGUGCCACGACCAAGUCCAGGUAGUGCCGCUGAAUAUAUUAAAGCUUUACAGGAUAUUGUUAAGAAAGAGAAAGCUGUAUAUUAUAUACCAGUUAGCGUCACAAGUACCGCUUAUUACGACGCCUUGGCGAAGCCGCACUUGGAGAUUAUGGGAUGUGAAUGUUUCGUGCCGAGUGCGAGUGAAGUGACGGCAUUGGAUGAUCCGUUGGAACUCCUGCGACGAUGCCGUUCCCUAGGUAUGCAAACACCAGACCAUUUCGUUUUACGAUCUGUUCAGGAUGUAUCUCGUCUUUAUGAGGACAAUACCUUCAGAACGGGAAGAUACAUGAUGCUGGCGGCUGGUCCAGCCGGCAUGAGAGACAGAGCAAAGAUUAUUCUACCAUCGACGUUCAGAGAAUUCAUGAACCAACAGUACGAGAUUAGCGAAACUAAACCAUGGGUCGUGAUACGCGAUCCGGGUGGUGAUCACUUUAUCACCUGCACCACCGUUAAGGAGUCACGAAUCGUAGCAAACGUAACGUGUCGAGUUGAGGAAUCUCAAGGACUCAUACCGGAGAAUCGUACGGAUGUAACUCUGUGGUUGGACCGAUUCUUUGCACGUUCUUUUGCAACGAAGAUCAAUGGACAUCUGAGCUUCAGGUUAGCCAUCAGUGAAAACCAAGGACCGAUGGUAUGCAUAGGUUGUCGAGUUGGAAUUAGUCUUCCUUAUGUAUGUCAGACCGGUAUACAUCCCCGUUUGGUCUGGCGACCCUGCAGACAUUUCUCCAGACAAAAUUCGGCAUUUCUUAUCAGGACUGAUAGACAACAAGAACAAACAACAGACGGAAGUACUAGUACGAGCAAACGCCCAAUCGGUGAAACGUCUCCUCGUCUUUUGGGCACUGUUAUCGAUAAAAGGGAAACGCUAUUUGUAUAUUGGGACCCAUUACCUUAUUGUGCUUACUAUCAUUUGCAAUUACCUUUCAGACGUGUCGCAGGUGCGAUUAGGGCCCAACCUGCUAGACACAAUCCACCUCUCGCUGUAGUACAAUGAAGUCAUUCGUGAUCACAAAAUGAUUGUCGGUUUCGAUCGGGAUCGAUUGACUCUUUAUUAAUUUCUAACUCGAUUUUUUUUCCUUUUUUUUUUCUUUUUCUUCUAUCUGUUCUCUUUUGAUAUCGUUCAAUGUCAGAGAAAUCAGAAACUGUAAAUUGAAAACAGAUUCAAGGGUCAAGUUCGUUUCUUUAAUCGUUGUAAGAACACUCUUUCUCUAUUUUUUUUUCUUUCUUUCGUUUGCGAACGUUCUUAAAAUUGUCUUAGUGUGCGUAUGACAGUGCAGAUGGAUAAAAAAAAGUAAUACACGUACGAAUCACGUGCUAUCGUCUUUGAUAUAUAUAUAUAUAUAUAUAGGACGUGAAUACACACAUACAUAAGGAUUUCGUUUCGAUGACUGUGCUCCUAUCUUCAUAGACUGACACGAUAACAAUCCCAAAAAAUUUAUAUAGGGAUAUAAUGGACAUUUCAAAAUAUAUCCCAUUCCUACGAACGAUUUCUUUAAUAAAAUUUUAUAAUAUGAUUAUAUUAUUUUUAUUAUAUUCUAUCAUUUAUAUUUGUAAAUAGUAGCAUAGUAAUGGAUUUAGAAUAAUCAUAGAAAUUAAAACAAAAAUGUUAGACGUGUGUCCUUUGAAACGAACUAUUUUCUUAAAUGAUCUUUGCUAAUUAUGAUAUUUUGAAAUUAAAAUAUAUUUCGUUGUUGUUGUAUAACCUAUCGAUUCUGAAGUAACAUUAAUUUUUUUUUUACUCGUUCAUACCAAAUCAGAGAUGAGUACAUAGUUAUUUAUAACUCAAACCGAUAUAUUCUCAUUUAGAGCAGGGGCGGAUUUAGGCAUGGUCUUCAUGGGAUCAAACCUUACAUUGGUAACAAUAUAAAAAGAAAAGAAUCUUAAUUAAAAAUUAUUGAAAAAAUAAAUUAUAUUGUUUUUCAACAAAAUGGCAAAGGAGUCACCAACAACUAACCCAAAUUUGGGUUAAUUUUGUAGGAUAAUUGGGUAGACCCCCACACAGUGUUAGUCCAGGUCCCCUAAAGUUAACAUUUUGCCUCUGAUUUAUAGUAUUUUAUAUUUAAGCAGCAUCAAAUUAAUGAGAUACUUAUGUAAACACGCAAUGAUAAUUAUGAUGAUGAUGAUGAUGAUGAUAAUGAUAAUAUCGUUAUUGUAUAGUCGAACAAAUAAAAUCUAUAAAAAAUAUACGAAUAAAGGAAGCGUGUCUAAUUAUACUAUCUUAUUAUUGUAUUAAUUAUAAUAAAUAAAUAAACGUGCACACGCGUUCGCGUGCACAUAUACUCAAAUUAUACACGUUAAUAUAUUAAUUGAUAAUAUAAGGACAGCAAUGCGUUCAAAUGCAAAAUGAAAUAAAUUGAAUGAAAUGACUUUUAAUAUAAGUGAUGAUUUAUUUAUCAACGAG